AUGGAUACUCGCCCCAAACCCGUCGACGCGGCGAGUGCGCAACUUGCCAUCGCAACGUUUUUCCACGUGUGUCGUAUUGCACCGAAUGUUGUGGAGCACGAUGCUUUCAAGACGAUGCUGAAAAAGGUUGCUGCUGCUGGUACAGGAUUUACACCUCCUGGACGACGGCUAAUAAUGGGAAGAUUGUUGGAGGAGUGCAAGGCGAACACCGACAAUGCGUUGAAGGAGGUGAAGGAUUCAUGGAAGGAUGUCGGGGUGUGCAUCGCGUGUGACGGUUGGACCGACAGCAAAGGACGUCUGCAGCUGAACUUCUUAGCUGUCAAUGCGAUUGCAUCCGUAUUUCUUUUUGGGGUGGAUUGCGGCACGGAGAAGAAGGGAGCAGAAUUCAUUGCUGGCCACUUGAAGACGGCAAUGGUCAUGGUGGGAACGGAGAACGUAGUCGGCCUGCUGAUGGACGGUGCGUCCGCGAAUGUCAACGCUGCCAGCAUCAUCGCCCUCGACUACCCAAAAGUUCAGUGGAUUCGUUGCGCUGCGCAUUCUCUCAAUCUAAUGAUGAAGGACAUUGGCCAACUCGAUUGGGCCAAGGAUACCAUCGACCGCGCGCAGCAGCUAAUUUCGACGUUGAAGAACGCGCACUGGAUUACGGGGGUUCUUCGGAAGGAGAAGGCGCUACAAAUCUUGAAACCUGCGGGCACUCGUUUUGGAACAAAUUACAUCGCCCUCGAACGCCUGCAAGCAGUGCGCAAAACUCUCGACAAGCUGGUGCUGAGUGAGGAUUGGGAGGAGUACGUCAAGGGAAAGCCGAAAAUGAAGGACGCAUGGGAUACUAUUAUCGACAAAGAGUUCUGGGCGCGCGUUGGGACGGUGCUCGAUGUGCUUCGUCCGGUCUAUAAGCUGUUGCGGAAUGUUGACGGCAAUCAGGAGGUGAUGGGCAAGAUCUAUGACAAAAUGUUUGUUUUGGAGGACGCGGUGAAGGAGGCGUGUAAUGAGCUGACCGAGGAGGAGAAGGAGGAUGUGACCGACAUCGUGCGGAAUCGGUGGAACAACGACAUCAACUGCGCGCUUCACGUGGUCGGACGGAUUCUGUACCCGCCAAACCAAUACGAGUCAAUAUUUGGAACGGACGUGGAGUGUACCAAGAUCUUCAAGCAAUUCAUUCGCAAUUACUACAAGGCUCGUCGUAAUCGCCUUGGAGCGAAACGUCUUGCCGACCUUGUGUACGUGAGCCACAACUAUCACACAGUGAAGAAGUUGAAUGAGGAUCUUGCUAAGAAGCUGGUGGUGAGUGGGCUUCCUGUGAUCCAAGUUAAGGAGGAACCUACUGACAGCUACGGGCAUCUCGAUGACGACGACAUCCCUGAUGAGGCAUAUCUUGAUGGCCAGGAAGCGAAAGAGCCGAGGAUGAUAUGA